AUGAAUGCCCAAUGUGAAUACCAUGCAGGGAUCACAGGACCCUCGAUAGAAAACUGCAUUACUUUCAAGAAGUUAGUCGAAAGGCUCAUCAAAAUGGGCAUUGUGAAAUUUGAUGAUACAUCUAGUGUAGAAAAUCUGUUACUCGACCAUGCGAAUAAAAGGGUAAAUGCAAUAAUCGACAAUACGAGGAAGAGAAUCAAGAUGAAUAUUGCAGAAGUGAAAACCUUACUGAGGGAGGUUUGGAAGAAAAUGGUAGAAAGAUGGUUAAUCAUUGAAUUUAGGGCCUUAGUACAAGGUCUAAUAGACAAUAAAGAGUUAGAAUUCUUUAAGUAUGCCAAAGGCCUAGAAGGAGAGGAUGUAACCUUUCCCUAUAAGGAUAGCAAGAGGGUUCCCUGGAAUUAUAACUGCAAUGUGACGAUCUCAAGAGAAGAGAACCCAAUUAGCGCUUCAGAAGAAGGUCGAGAUGUAGGUUUCUACAUGCGCAGUAGAAGGCGCUACGACCCAUCCAAUACAAAGGCUGAGCCCGCAAAAGGAAAAGCCUUGGCGGUUGAACAAAAGAAAGAAAAUGCGCAUAGCGAGUAUAGCGUUGUAGAGCAACUAUAUAAACAACCAGCUCGCAUAUCAGUGCUUGCUUUCCUCUUAAGCUCGGAGGCACAUCGUAGCGUGUUGAUAAAAGUACUAAAUGAAACUUAUGUCGCCAAUGAUAUCUCUAUCAACAAGCUAGACCGUCUGGUCAGUAACAUAAGCGCCAAUAAUUUCAUCUCUUUUAAUGAUCAUGAAAUACCGCCAGGAGACAUGGGAUCGACGAAGGCUUUGCACAUCACUACCCACUGCAAGGGGUAUACAUUGCCAAAGGUGUUAAGUGAUAAUAGAUCUACACUAAAUGUCUUGCCCUUAUCCACACUAAACAGGUUACCAGUGGAUAACUCUCAUAUAAAGACGUGUCAAAACAUUGUGAGAGCAUUCGAUGGUACUGAAAGAAAGGUGAUGGGAAGAAUUGAGGUACCUUUUUUGAUUGGUCCAAACACGUAUGAAGUAGACUUCCUGGUGAUGGAUAUCAAGCCUUCUUAUAAUUGCUUAUUAGGCAAGCCUUGGAUUCACUCGAUUGGGGCAGUACCAUCAACAUUUCACCAAAAGCUAAAGUUGGUAACUGAGGGUCGACUGGUAAUGAUAAACGUAGAAGAAGAUAUUAUUGCAUCCGUAACCAGUAACGUGCCAUACAUAGGGGCAGACGAUAAAGCGAUAGAAUGUUCUUUUUUAUCACUAGAAUUUGUAAUUGCAACAUUUAUCAUCGAAGGGAACAAGAUCCCUAUGCCCAGAAUAUUUAAAGCUACAAAGAUGGGAUUACGACUGACAGUCAGAAAAGGGAGCCAUACAGGGAAAAAGGGUUCGGAAAAUAUCUUUAAAGAAAAGUCGAGAUGCGAAGCAAAAGAAGAAAAAAUUGGAGAAGAAGCAGGAAAGGAGAAGAACACGGGAGGAAUCAUUCACCCUGAGCGGAAGAUGACAAGAAAAGAAACUGCUGAAGAAAUGAUGGGAAAUUUAAACAUCAACGCCAUAUCUAGAAGAGGGAAUUCGAAAAGAAAUUUAUCGGGCAUUUUCGUUUAUGUACCUGGAAGUUUUCUGAACAAUUGGACUGUGGAAGAGAUUCCUGACCUCCACCGGGGCAACGCCUUUCUUAUUGGUUAUGGAAUAGAGGCAGUUUUACCCAUCAACAUUGAGAUUUCUUCCCUUCGAGUCUUGUCCAAGCUGAAGUUGGAUAAAGCAAAAUGGAUCCAACCCUGA